GAGAGAGAGGCAUUUGAAGUUGGGAAGUGUUUAGGAGAACCGAAUGGCAACAACAUAACACUCCAAAUCCAAACAAAGAUUAUGGAAAAUCAUUUGAAUGGGACGGAUGCUCUGGUGCAGGAAGACAAUGAGAUAAGUGCUGCAGUGUUUGAAUUUAAAGUCUUUAACAUUGUCAUCACUGUCCUGGCCCUGUGCAUUCUUGCUGUUACCGGCGUCUACUGCAUCACUGUUUGUUAUAAUCGAACCAGACAGUCCAAGAGAGCCCAUGUGUAUGAGAGUGCUGUGACCCAGGGUGAACCGGACCACCCAGUCUCCGUCAAAGCAGUGAAGAGGUCCACCAGCUUCCUCAACCCCCUGGCUUUUCUGAGGAGAUCAGAGAGAGCCAAGGACAACUCACGGAUCUACUACAUCUACAGCAACCCUCUGCCCAUCGGCCUGAAAGAGGAUGAGGAAAAGGAGGUGGAGGCCAAAGUCAACUGGGACCCUGAGGAGAAGAGCAGCCCCACAUUUGAGGAGUAUGCCAGGGACCCCAACAGUGGAGUCAUACUGGACCCACCCGUUUUUUACAUGCAGCUUUAGUGCUACAGACUGUUGGAAUUUAUAUAGUUGUCUUAAGACUUACACUUGUCGUCAGUGGCUCUCUUCUCAGUUUUCAAUUUACCUGUAGCAAAAUAGUCCUAAAUCAAAUAUAUUGUAAUAAUACAUUUUUUCUAGAAAUACUGAGCAACAAACUCAUGUGGUAUGUUGUUUUGUAUAAUAUGGCCAUAGCACUCACUAACGAGGUGAAAUCUGACCAGCCAACGGUUAAUGGAAUAUCUUAAAUUUUACAAUAAAAAUAGUUAAUUUUGUGUUGUUAACAAUAUUGUCUCUGCACAGAACAAAUAAGAAAAAGCAGCAAUAAGAAAACUACAAUAAAGAUAAUGGUUUGG